AUGGGUUAACAACCUUAAUCUUUUCUUUUCAUAUAUUUCUGAUGCUCAACAUUGGAGAAACUCAUUGGAUGUGGAUGUGUGAAACCCACCCUGUGGGAACGGCCCUUAAACCUGUGGAAGGAAUAAAGGGAGGAAACGUCACCCUGCGAUGUGAACAGGACAAAGACAUUUCUGAUAUUCGUUACGUCCGUCGGGGAAAAUCAACACACUUUUCUGACAUCCCUGAGUGUCUGAAUGAGGAAUAUAAGCAUGAUAGUGGCCAAGUGUGUAAAACAGGAGCAUGUGACAUCAUCCUGAAGCAUCUAACCUUCAGUGACUCUGGGACACACUUAUUAAGAUUUUAUUACAACAAUUCACCACAAGAGUUGAAGUUUCAUCUUCUUGUUCAUGAUGAGAUGUCCGUUUCUGAUAAAGUGGAGAGAAACUCUGAUGAAAGCUGGAAGGAGGUUUCGAAGAGAGGUCACAGGGUCAGCAGUGAUCGAAGGAGCGAAAUAGAUACAAAUCUGACCAUUAAUAAUUUUACAGUCAAUGACACAGAAUCUGGACAAAAACUGAACAGAAUAACUGAGGACACGAAAGCACGGCAUCAUUGGGUUAUUUCAGGGGCAGUGGGGACAUUUGUGCUGGCUGUGGUCGUUCUGAUUGUGUUUGCUAUUAAAGCCAAAAAGAUGCAAUGAAACUUUCAACACGGUUCCUUUACGGUAAUUUGCCUUCAGAGCCAACAGAUCGGCAGACAAUUCUGGCACAAGAUUUCUGCAGGAACAUAUUCAUAACUCACUGUAUAUGUGCAUUUGGACUGCAUCUACAUCAGGGUUAUGUUUACUGACUGUCUCUGCAUUGAUUUCUUUUCCCACCAUGAGCAAUAUUGGCCUAGUCAGAUCAUUUCUGUGUUAUGGUCUGAGGAAGACUCUUGUCUUGUCCUAAAGUGUCUUCAUCUUUCCUCAACACUGUUGCAUUGUCUGCUAAAUUGUGCUUUGAAACACUAAAGCUUGGUCAA